UCUCUUUACAUGUACCAUCUUCACCCACUACAUCUGACAAUUCAUCAAUUAUAUCUAGUGUGAGUGGUUGUGGCAACUUUGUAAAUAGAGGAAGAAUGAGAACGAAACAACAAUUUGAGAAGCAUAAAGAAGUUAGUGGAAGUUCAGGUAGUGAAUCAGAAUUGGAAAGAUAUCUUGCUGAAGAUAUUGAGCCAGAUAGUGAUGACUUUGAUAUAUUAAAGUGGUGGAAAGUUAAUGAGCCGAGAUUUCCUAUUCUCGCGGAGAUGGUUCGUGAUGUGUUAGCCAUUCCCAUUUCAAGUGUCGCAUCAGAAUGUGCAUUCAGCACAGGAGGUCGUGUUCUUGAUCCCUUUAGGAGUUCAUUAACUCCUAAACUUGUGCAAUCUCUUAUUUGUGUUCAAGAUUGGCUUAGAAGUGAGUCUUUUCCAAUCAAUAUUGAGGAAGAUUUAAAGUAUCUUGAGCAACUUGAACUUGAUUUUGCUUGUAGUGGGACUGAAUCUAGUAUUAUUGAUAUAUAAUUGCAACUUGUAAGUUCAACUAUCAACUAGUGAUGCGUGGUAACGGGUAAGUAAAGAACUUAUUUACAUAACUUGCUUGAUAGUUUUAUAUAUUUUAUUAUGAAAUGUAGAUCAUUUGUCUAAAGAGUUCUAUUUUCUCGUAGGCACAUCAAUGUUUUGUUAUUUUCUU